AUGUUCUUUAGGAGAGUGUUUGCGAAAAAUAAUGGCAGCUCAUCGACCAGUGGGGAAGGUUCGAGCAAUUCCUCCAACAAUGCUGCGAGUUCAUCUCCGGCUCGCUAUCGACGGGUUCUGAACGUCGAAGAUAACCAGCGGGUUCUGUCGGUGCUGCAGCUGACACCCUUGUGGGAGUACAUUAUUCGUAAUAACGAGCUCCCAGUUGGGCUGAAUAUGAAUGAGCUUUUCCGGGAGUUUCUCGAACGACUGCACGAUCCCGAGUACCAGGUGCGGCAGCACUCGCUUCGAGUUUUGAUUGAUGUGCUGAUUGUUCUGCGUGAUGAUUCCGACAUAUAUUUUGGCCCCUUGUUGCCUCCGAUUAUCGACAAUCUGGGUCAUCCAUCGCCAGCCGUCCGGAAAGGGGCGCUGGACGUGUUGAAAGUGUACAUAGCUCAAACGAAAAUGCCGGAAACUGUUAUGCUGGAAAUUAUGAACUACGGUAUGGAUCGAAAUCCGAAGGAUCCUCUCAGUACGAGAUACAUUGUCGGUGUGAUGCUGGCUUUGCCAUCGCUGAUUCAGCCGGCAAUUCUGACCGCGAAGCGGACGUUUAUUCUGCGUGCCGUCAUCAACGCUCUGGGCGGAAAAAUGGUUCAGAUUACCUAUCAAGAAAUUGCGUUGAAGAUUUUGCUUAAAAUUAAAAAUACGAUCGGUUCGCGGGAAUUUUACGAGUGUAUUUCAAUAUCCUACAGGAGAGACUUCGAUUUGCUGUGCAACGUUUAUGGGUUGCCGAAUCCUCCGAAAAGUCCCCGACGAGAAAACGUUAUCAAUUUGACCCCGCCCGGUUCGGAGUUACCGAUGAGAAAAUCCUGGAAGCCACAUGUUCCUCAAGUUCCUACUACUGAAAUCCAUCGGCCGACGCAGCCUCUGUCGCCAAAGGCACAACGUUGGAAAUCCGGCAGCCACAAUGAUGUCUCCCGGCUGGACAAUAGUGAUGAACGCUUCCAGCGUAAUCCGUAUGCCAUCAGCAAGCUUCCCCAGCAUGGCAGUUCGGUCGUUCGACGAGUGAGCCUGGAUAAUAUUGAUCGAAUCGACGAUUCGAAAGUGAUCAUGGAAACGGAGAUCAAAAUCAACAAAGAAUCGGUUACGAUGCGUAUUUUGGAAGCGGAAAAUUCGCAAUCCAUAAGUGACGAAAGUGAUGAAGAUGUUACCAAGCGGUACGGUAUUGUGCGAGUGUUGACUGAUAGUGAAAUAGAUGAGAGUGUUGGUACUAAAACCGGUGGUGCCUCUAGUGUUAUUCAUGAACAAUCCUCGGAUGAGUAUGUCCGAAGGACUCCCAGAAGAGUACGUUUCGGUGGGGAGAUUGUGAAAAUGAGGACACCCGAUAGUGAUACGUUCGAACACAGUGAUCAGGAUGGUUUGACGGCUUCUCAAUCAUCUAGUUCUAGUGCACAUUUGAACAAUCAAAACUCCUCUGUUACUGCCAGUUCUUCCGAUCGUUCGUCACCUGUAAUGCAACGUUCCGCCCUGAAAUCUUCCUCCACCUCUUUAACCGAUCGCUCGAGUUCGUCGCUUCGAAGACAGUACUCGCAAUCAGCAGACACCGAGCGGUCCUCACCACCGAUUUGUAGCGAGUAUAUUACCAACAAUCAAAGACCCAUGUCGGCCAAAAGCAGCAGUUAUCUAACUACCGAUGAUAUUCCAAAUCCUCGACAGGCUGCUUUUGCCCGUCGAAGAAGCGUAACUUUCGAUGAAGAUGAAAUGCGGACAUCGAUUCUGUCAAUGACCACGCUGGAGCAAUCAAAUUCACUGUCUCCAACGCCUGAGCCAGAUCCAGAGCCGCCCGUAGAAAGGCCCAAAACAUCACGGCCAAAAUCCGCACGUACACCAGUAAGUCCAAUUAAAGUUCCUAACCAAUCACAGCCUUCUGAUGAAUCAGCUACACCAGCAGAAAACGGAAAGAAAACGGAAAAUAAAUCCCAACCUGGAAGCCCGGACAAUCAAAGUCAUCCUGAACCGCCAGAAACUAAUCAUACUUUGGUAGAAAAAAUUGAAGAAGUCAAACAAGCCAUUCAGGGGAUCGAAGAAAAGAUCAACAACGUCGUACUGAUGCAUGCCGAACCAGUAGUCGAACUUCCAGUGAGCCCUUCCAAGCUGCAAAAAUCAGAAUCCGCUGAUUCGGCAACCACAGCUUCGCCGAAACUGCACAAAACGAACCUUUCCUUGGAAGUGCUGCUGAAAACCAGCACCGACACCAAGGAAAACCUCGAGUCCGACACUAGCGGAGAGAAAAAAGACGAAAAAGACUACACUAAAGAGUUGAACAUCGACAUUCCAAGUGAGGAAAAAAUCAACAACGAUGCUUCGGCUCCGGCGGAGAAACCCAACCCAACAACAUCGAAGAUCCCCAAAAUGGUCAAAACGGGUGUUCCAAAGUUAAACACAAUGCCAUCGCCUAGGAGACUGAAAGCUCCGCCAAGAGUCGACAGCAACGCAAGCUCAAUGCUAUCACCAGGGAAGCUGCUCACGGUGGACGAUCAAAGCCGAUCCCGACGCCGGACGAGAUCGGCAACUUCGGUAACCUUCAAGAGAAGCACAUACAUCAGUCCUUCGGCACUGAGUCCGGCGCCGCAUAGCGGCAUAGAGAUAAUCCACAAUCUGGUGCGAAGUCCGUCCACCUCACCGAACCGAACCCGCCGGAAGAGUUCCGCUACAAGCGACAAAAACAACAACAGCCUCGAUAUGAACAAUCUGAACGGGACGAAAAGCGACAAGUGUGUCAACGUCCACGAGGACGACAUUUACGACGUUUUCGGCAAGACGAUAGCAACUCAAACCUCGGUGGAUGAAACUGUACCACCGUCGCUCGUGGUUUCAAGAUCCGAAACCGAUAACGAAAUUCUAGGUGCAUUUGACGUUCAACCAGCGAAGAAGGACAACAUGGAUGCUGUGAACAACAACAUCAAUCCCCCAUUGGUUCCGGUUACCGAUAAUUCGUCACGUUCAAGCUCGCCAAAAGUGCUGCUUCCCAGAAUCAUUCACUCGUGGGAGGAUCUGGGCAUCGUAGAUCGAACAACGCUUGUUCAGCUCAAAAGUGGAGACUGGCGGAUACGGUCACAAGGUUUCUGUGCCAUCGAGGAAUCACUUAAAUCGUCCGACAAUCUGGCCAAGGUUCAACCGUACCUGGAAUCCCUGCUGCGAACGUUGCUGUCAUCCGAACGCAAUCCGGAUGUCAUCGAGGACAAGGUGCGCAUGCUGGUCAAUCUGGUGUCCCGGCUGCCGCUCGAAAACCUCGAAGACCGCGUGAACCAGAUCAUGAUCGGUCUGUGCCGACAGGGUGGCCCCGGGAGCAACAAUGUCGCGAAAGCGCUCAUGCAACGGCUACCCACGGCUGCGAUUGUGCAGCGAUUGCUGUCCGACGAGUUCCUGCAUGCCAAAAGUUCGAAGUUCCGUGAAAAUGCAUUGCAAAUGGUUCUGUUUGCUCUAAUGACAUUCCCCAGCACGUACUUCGAUAUCAAAACAUUGAUAGCGAGAGCCACCGAGGCAGCACUGGACCGGAAGAAGCGAGUGCGACAUGGAGCCCUCGAUGUGCUAGCCGUGUUAGGCCAAAUCAGCUCGCCUAAAAUGGUCCUAGACGUGGUGUGCUCUUCCGUGGCCCAACGUACGGACGGCAAUCACCUAAUUGCGGCCGUAAAGGCACGACUCGCACGCAAGCAGCUUCCCUUCAUCGGACCGGACGGUACCGUCGAGUACGCUCUGAAGGUGCCCUCCUGCCGGACCAGCUCGGUCAUCAUGUUCGGUGCCGACGUCGACUGGAUCGAGUCCGGCAGCGGUUCGGCAUCACCAACGUCGAUGCGAGCGGCCAAAAACUAUCCCAGCUUCCAGGUGGAUAAUGGAUCUUUUGAGGAGUAUAGAAGAAAACCGAGCUUCCAAGUGUUCGACGAAGUGAAACAACCAAUCGAAAGCAACAAAGUCGUUACCUCCGGCUGGGCGUCGAAAAUUCCAGUGAGCCAAACGGACAAUAAUAUCGCCGCCAACAAUGGAUCGAGACCUUUCUAUGGCAAUUUGCAAUCUCGGUCAUAUCCGGAGCUGUCCGAGCAGCAGCAGCAGCAACAACAGCAGCGAAAAGUUUCCACCCUGAAUGGCGGCAGCAAACCGCAUCCGAACGGAACCGGUAACAUACGGACGGGCAAACAAGCUACCAUUUCAAGAUUUCCCGAAAUGGACCACCUAAAGCAGAACGGACGCGGUGGUUUGAACGCUGGAAUCAACUCUAAUCCGUACGAAAUGAAACCGGCUAGACCAAUGCGCAGCAGGCUGUGCUCCAGAAUGAGUGACGGUUUCAUGAGUGACACAAUUGCCAAUGCUAAACGUGUUCUGCAGAGUGAGUCCCGCCCGUCUACGGAUCCGGCCAUCGAUAAUGGUGCGAUUCGCCAGUCGCGGAAUGGAAUGAGGUUCUACAAUCCCAACAUGAUGAGCAGUAAUGAUUGUUCCAGCAACAAACAACAAGUGAGCACGCAUGCCCAGAAGCUGGAUCUGGAUCAGCGGCCCAAUUUAUCACCCAGCAAAAACUACGGCAACGUCGGUCACUACCAAAACAACAGUAACAACAUCAACAACAACAACAACGGCAACGGCAAUGGACGCUUCUUCACAGCGGCAGACACUGUCGAGACACCGUGUCGGCCGCGCUUCCUGGGGGAAGCAACGGGCGGGGGAAUCAAUCAGGAGAGCUACAUUAUUCAUCGCGACGAACAGUACGAUAGUGAGAACGAUGAAAAGUCAAGCAACGACUCGACCUCGACACGAAUCAUCUCCAACAGCACGUUUAACUUUGGUGGCCAGGGCAGCGAUCACUAUCCACCCAGCCACCCGCCGUCGAUACUAUCCUCACGACCCCAAUCGGUCACGUCACGAAAAUCGGCCGGCUCUGGCAUUCUAAAAAAUGACGGUCGUCUCUCGAGGACGAGCAACAUUUCGUACAGCAAUCCAUCUCUGAAACAAACAGGCGACAGCGUUUCCGUUCGGUCCAAUCGGUCCGCCAAAAGCCGACAGAAUGAACCUUGGUACGAACGGGAAGGGACGCCGGCUCGAAGCGAAGAUGUGAUAAGCUCCAAUCAGGUGCAGUAUGAGUCGGAUUACGAUGACGAUGUUGAAGAAGAACUGGUUGCAGAGCCCAAACGUACUCCAAAACAACGAUUUCCUACUCCCAGCCCACAUCCUCUGCAGACGUCCUAUUCAACCGAAGAGCUAUCCAACACCAAUUACAAUCACGUGGAAGAAAGCGAAUUAUCACCACCUAAGAGCCGUAUCCAAUCGGCUAGUCUAAGUAACUUGCAGCAGCUUGAGGACGUAGAAAUACCAGAACAGCAAAUGCCGGCGAAGAAAAUUCUAAAAAAACCGUAUCUAGCCAGAAAAACCAGCAAAGUAACACCGGUCAAGGAAGUGGUCAGUGGCAUCAAGGCAAAGAACAAGAUGAACGAAAUGCUGUUCCAGAAAAACAUGCGAAAAUUCGACAAACCAAAAGACGCUCUCGCUAACUGCAUCCAGCAUCUGGAGAGUCCAAACUGGGAGCAGAACAUCAGCGGGCUGCAAUUCUUCGUGCGCCUGAUUCGCCAUCACCCGAACAUCAUAGACUCACAGAUCCAUCUCCUAUCGGUAGCACUGGCCAAGCAGGUUCGGAACCUGCGCUCACAGGUGGCCCGAUCAGCCUGCCAAGCUUCGGCGGAAUUUUUCUCCACCCAUCGGCGCUGUAUCGAGGGUGAAGCAGAAGACAUCGCAACCCAUUUGCUGCAUCGUACGGCCGACACGAACAAAUUCCUGCGCGCCGAUGCGACCCACGCUUUAGAAUCGAUGUGUGAUAACCUAUCUCACUCGAAGGUAAUUCACAUAAUCUCCUUCAAAGGUGCGACCCACCAGAAUGCCGUGGUCCGCACGACAGCUGCUAAGCUGCUGGAUAAAAUCGUUCGCCAACUUGGUCCCGAGAAGGUAUUCACGUUGCCCAAAGAGUCGCGAGACAAACUGGUGCUAACCGGAGCGCAACUGCUGCUCGAGGGUUCCCUCGAGACGCGCAACUACACCAAGAGCAUGUUCAAGCAGCUUUCGGAGCACCCGAACUAUAACAAAGUAUUACUGGAGGUUAUCCCGACGCGCAUCUAUCGUAACAUCGAGAAAGCGCUGAAGAGCAUCCGCCAGAUGUAG